GUGGCUCGUGACUGUUCGAGUUCCGCCUUCGCCAUGUUGGAGCCGCCUGCGACCACUGAACUGAACGAAACUAUUCAGUGGCGAAGGCGGAAAUCCAACAAUCACGAGCCACUGGCACGGAAUGCCGGACCCGGCUGAUUUCGCAGACUCCAUAUCUAUCGAUUCUUCAUGAGUACUCCCAUAGGCGUCGACUCAAAAGGCGGGGCUGCCAGAGACGAUCGGAAAACGUUCAAUAGUCGUGUCAUCCAGGCGAUCGAUGACUACAGCACUGCAAAUGGUCUAGUUUUCGGAGGAUUUACGACACCACCAAAAUUGCUACAAAUAUUGCUUUCAACUCAUCUACCCACUGGUACCAAUGCUCCUGAUGAGGCCACAUGUGGUGAAUAUAUUUCGGUUACCCCAAAUUUAUUUCCCAAGCUUCUCAAAGCAUACCGCGACAACUCUUUCUUCGAGUUGUUGAAUGAUGUCGAUAUGCGGCCUCUAACGGGCCUUACCGAUUAUCAGAGUGGCGGGCUUCCAACCAGUCAUAGUGUUCGCGGUCUCCAAUCAGCGUUUCACGAACCCUAUCGAGGAGAGGCGCACAAGCUGCUCAUCGAGGUAUUGAACGAGUAUUGGGAGUCAAGCGCCGGGAUCGAACCAAGUGAGAGACCAUACAAUUGGUCUCUAUCAGUCAUCCAGUCUUCGGGUAUGGGGAAAUCCAGAAUGGCCAAUGAAGCCGCGCUCUCCGUAUUUACGAUUCCAAUCAAUAUUCGUGAGGAGCUGAGCCCUAGUCUCAAAACCUAUCCCCCUCCGGACAGGCGGUUCCGCGAAUAUUUUCACGGACACGAUGUAAAAAGCGAUAUUCGGCUGCAGGCAGAGAAUGCAAUUCUAUUGAGCGUGCUGUUCACAAAGGCCGCCGAACUUCUUGAGAAACCCAUUUUCAAACAUGAAACAGGAGCGGCGCUAGCGAGCCAAUGGGUUGAUUAUCUCGACAAUGGACAGACCAAUAUCGAAGGUGGUACGAAUAGGAACGAGUUCCUGGAUUCUGUGGCGAAUCAGGCAGACCAGCUUCGAUUAGUGGAGCUAGGUGUCCUACAGCAAAAUAAAAAAACGGCCCUAAUGAAACUGGACCACUCCAUAAGCCGAAUGCAGAACUCAUGCCGCAAGUUUGUCAAGGCCAUCUCUAGUAAUGACAGGAAAGCAAAAGAAGUCAAAUGCAUUAUUUACUUUGAUGAAGCUCACCAGCUUACCGAACCUGUCCCACCAGAAAAGGAGACCGACGCAAGGAGUCGCUCACCCUAUCAUAACCUUGGCACAGUGCUAUCUGCGCUAAUCAAUUUCCCUAAAUUCGGACCCUCGCCCGCCAGCCAUCCAUCAGUUCGCAUUGCUCAGGGCCUCCGCCUUUUCCCUCCUUUCACCGAGCUGCCGUUCGACAUCUUUGUGGACAAAGUAUUUGAAACUUUGGAAAACCAGGAGAAAAAUCUCAGCCUUGAAAACGUGGGCCAAAUGAGUGUGAUGGCAGGGUUUGGACGUAGCCUAUGGUAUGUCCACCACAAGGAGUGGCUGGAGCAUCAAGGAUUUCCUGUUAUACCGUUCGCUGGAGAGAAACUGUUCGUGGAAGGGAACAAAGCGCGACUAUUCCACUCUUUCAUUGCUGCUCUGGGGAACUGGUUGAAUCCCACAUGCGUGUUAUUUAUGCCAUCCCAGAGCAUCGCGAGUUCAUGCAUGCCGGAUCGCCCUGAGCCUAUACUGGCCGAAGCAGCAGCGAGGCGUCUGAAUGGCCCUUCGGAUGGCAAUGGAAUAGAAAUUCAAGGCCCAGAAAUUCUAGCUCAGGCUUGUGCGAAGGGACUUCUUGCGAAGGGAGAGCGCGGGGGAAUCUGCGGUCGACUUCUUGUGACUAUUGCACAUGAUAUCGCCGUCCGACAAAAAUCCUCUUUGCCAAAUCAUCAUUCACCUGACCCACAUUUUCAUCGACCUGUCCAUGUCCUCGACUUUCUCAGGGCUCUAUUUGCGAAGCAACUCGAAACCGUGAUAUUGAAGGCCGACUCGGUGACGGCCAGGGAGGGUGUCCCUAAUUUGGAAACAGCGUUUGCGAAUGCGUAUAUCUUUUUUUCCCAUUUCGCUCUGGCCGAAAAUUCUGAAACGCUCUCUGCUCCAAACCUGGCAGUAGCUCUGCUGCGUGGCAUGGCUCUCCAAGCCAAAGAUAACCAGGAGUCGAUUGAUGCUGUUAUCCCUGUUCAUAUGGGUGACCCAACCAAGUCUAUCUCGCCAGAAUCGACAUCAGCGAUUAACUUACAAUUCAGGAAUCGGAAAGAGGCCAAACCUUGCCGCGUACUUCGCCAGAUCACUGUUCCAGAUGAAAAGGUGGCAGUAAUAUCUAUCAUUUUCGAGCUCGGAGCCAGGAAGAUAGGAGAACCUGGACUUGUGACCAUUACUAAAGACAUACCUCACAACACUCGCAGCUCUCCAAGCAAAUUGCACCGGGACGACCAUCAUUAUGAAAUUGUCGCUCACGGUUGCAUAUCGGAGACUUUCGCAGCGAUUCCAUCAGCUGUUGAGCCAAAGUACCAGUCUCUCCUCGCGGCUCAGACUAUUGUUGAGGACUUUCCUCGGGCAGGAAAGGAGAAAAGUUUGCGAGCGUUCAAAAACUUAAAACCGUUCUUUAAUGGCCUUCAAGAACCAGUGAAAUGGAGAAAAUGA